UUAAAACAUAUGUUUUCGGUUGAUUCACUUAUGAAUAUAUGAGGUGAGGUGUCUUUAUUUUGAUUCAGGCGACCGUCAAGCUAACAAACAUUUAUCUUGUUCAGUUGCUCUCGAGUUAACACGAUGGUCCCCAUCAGUGUUAGCAAACAUCGAGCUGUGGUGUGAAGUCCUCCUGAGGCGAUGCUGCGUGUGUUGCGCUGUCCUCUGCAGAGGUCUCUCAUCGUCUGUCGACAAUGGCCGUGUCCCCGCUCCCUGUUCUCCACCCGGCCUCGCUCCCAUCAAGGCGAGGACUCCGCCACGGAGACCCGCCUGAACCCGCUCAACAUUCAGAUGCUGUCGAAGAACCUCCACGAGCAGAUCUUCCGAGGGCUGCAACCAGACUACGUAGAGGAGGACGUGGAGCGCAGCAUCAGGCACUUGCAGAAACACCAGCUGUGGGGGAAAGAGACGUCGCUGCUGCCCGACGUGGAGCUGAAACUUCCCCAAAUGUACGGCGGAAAUGUCGACGAGCACUUCCGCGUCUUGGCCCAGAGUCAGAGUCUCCCCUACCUGGAGGCGGCAAUCGAGCUGCAGCAGGCCGAGCUCCCUCCCAUGCCACGGGAAUGGAAGUGGGAGGUCGGCUGGACGCGCUAUGGUCCCAACGGGGAGAGUCUCAAGGUGGAUUUCCCAGAUGAGUCUGCCCUGGUGUUUGAUGUGGAGGUGUGCGUAACGGAGGGACGGUGUCCCACGCUGGCUGUCGCUGUGUCUCCCACGAACUGGUAUUCCUGGUGCAGUAAGCGUCUCGUUGAAGAGCGAUACUCCUGGUCCGAUCAGUUGACCCUCGCUGACCUCAUACCACUUGAGACACCCAUGAACUCUGCCUAUCCUCCAAGAGGCCAGUGGAAGAACAGGCUUGUCGUGGGCCAUAAUGUCAGUUUUGACCGAUCUUUCAUUAAGGAACAAUAUUUACUACAGAGUUCAAAGAUGCGCUUCAUGGAUACCAUGAGCCUUCACAUGGCCAUCUCAGGACUGACUGGGUUCCAGCGCACUCUGUGGAUGGCCAAUAGGCUGGGCAAGAGGAGGGGUCUUCAGGAGGUCAAGGAACACAUUAAGAAAGCUGGACAGAGAAGGGAGGGUCCAAUGAUCGGCUCCUGGGACUGGGUGAAUAUCAGCAGCAUUAAUAACCUUGCUGAUGUCCACGCGCUGUAUGUGGGAGGGCCGCCACUGCAGAAGGAGGCCAGGGAGACCUUCGUGAAGGGCAGCAUGAUGGAUGUCAGGAACAACUUUCAGGAGUUGAUGCAGUACUGCGCCAUGGAUGUUCAGGCCACCCAUCAAGUCUUCACAGAGCAGCUGCCCCUCUUCAUGGAGAGGUGUCCUCAUCCAGUGACGUUUGCGGGGAUGCUGGAGAUGGGUGUGAGUUACCUUCCCAUCAAUCAGAACUGGGAUCGGUACCUGGAAGAUUCUCAGGACAUUUACGAAGAGCUCCAGAGGGAGAUGAAGAAGUCUCUGAUGACUCUCGCGGACGAUGCCUGUCAGCUGCUGCAGGAUGACCGAUACAAACAAGACCCCUGGCUUUGGGAUCUUGAGUGGGAUGUGCAGGAGUUCAAGCUGAAGAAAGUAGCAGUCAGUAAGAAGAAACAGUUGAAAAAAACAGCUGAAACACAAGUUGUCUGUCCUCUUCCAGACUGGGAAGAAGAUCCAGGACCACCAUCUGAAGAGGAGAUGGAAGGCCCCUUCCCCAGCAGGUUGGCCGUAGAGAAGCUGAAGGAAACAGUGAAUCGACUUCCUAAGAGAAGGCAACAUCUGCCUGGACACCCAGGGUGGUAUCGUAAGCUGUGUGAGAAGAUGUCUGAGGAGGACAGCUGGUCACCUGGAGCCAGCCUGAUCAGUCUUCAGAUGAGACUGACACCUAAGCUGAUGGGUCUGACUUGGGACGGUUUCCCCCUGCAUCACACAGAGAAACACGGGUGGGGCUACCUGGUGCCUGGACGCAGGGAUAACCUUGAUUCUCAGGAGGAGAACACUGAGCCUGUGUGCCCACACAGAGCUAUUGAGAGUGUCUACAGGGAGCAUUGCGAGCAGAACAGCAAAGAGCGGCCUGAAUAUCCGGACCCUAACCUUUCAGACGACCUCAUGUUGACGGACAGCGCAGUGUGGGCAAAGGCGGAGGAGUUAAGUUCCCUGGAAAGUUUGACGGAGGAAAAUGGGGUCAGAAUGACAAGAACUUCGGCGAAGACCAAAAACACACAGCACCAGGAUCCAAAUCAUCUCCCAGAUAAUAGUGGGUGCCAUUAUCACCAUGGAAACGGGCCCUACAACGACGUAGAUAUCCCAGGGUGCUGGUUUUUCAAAUUACCUCACAAGGACGGAAACCACAACAAUGUCGGCAGCCCGUUUUCUAAGGACUUCCUGGCCAAGAUGGAGGAUGGUACUCUGAGGGCGGGGUGGAGUGGAACCAAUGCUACGCGAGCUCUGGAGAUCAACAAAAUGAUGUCCUUCUGGAGGAAUGCCCAUAAACGUAUAAGCUCCCAGAUGGUGCUGUGGCUGCGAAAAGGAGAGCUUCCUCGUACUGUCUUCAGGCACAAAGAAUUUAAUGAGGAGGGCCAGUAUGGGGCCAUAUUACCUCAGGUCAUCACCGCUGGAACGGUAACGCGUAGGGCUGUGGAGCCAACGUGGCUGACUGCCAGUAAUGCACGGCGGGAUCGGGUUGGCAGCGAGCUGAAGGCCAUGGUGCAGGUUCCACCUGGGUACCACCUGGUCGGAGCAGAUGUCGACUCUCAGGAGCUGUGGAUUGCUGCUGUGCUCGGAGAGGCUCAAUUUGCUGGCAUGCACGGUUGCACAGCAUUUGGCUGGAUGACCCUUCAGGGAAAGAAGAGCCAGGGCACUGACUUGCACAGCCGCACCGCCGACGCCGUGGGCAUCAGCAGAGAGCAUGCAAAGGUGUUCAACUAUGGUCGCAUUUAUGGCGCAGGACAGCCGUUCGCCGAGAGGCUACUGAUGCAGUUCAACCACCGCCUCAGUCAGACGGAAGCUGCCAGUAAAGCCAAGCAGAUGUAUGCCUUAACCAAGGGUGUUCGCAGAUAUGAUCUGUCAGAGGAGGGAGAGUGGCUGGUCAGUGAACUGGGUAUAGAUGUAGAGAGGGAGGAAAAUGGAAGUGUCUCCCUGCAGGAGUUGAGGCGGAUCAGCAGACUGGCCUCAAAGUGCUCCCGGCGGAAGAGGUGGGAUAUUGUGGGAAACCGUCUGUGGACUGGAGGAACCGAAUCGGAAAUGUUCAAUAAGCUGGAGAAUAUCGCUCAUUCAGCACAGCCAGCCACACCGGUUCUCGGCUGCAGGAUAAGCAGAGCACUGGAGCCCAAGGCAGUUAAGAAUGAGUUUAUCACCAGCAGAGUGAACUGGGUGGUCCAGAGCUCUGCAGUGGACUACCUACAUCUGUUGCUGGUGGCCAUGAAGUGGCUCUUUGAGGAGUACCAGAUCGACGGGCGCUUCUGUAUCAGCAUCCACGACGAGGUGCGGUACAUCGUCCGCAGUGAGGACCGUUACCGAGCAGCGCUGGCACUUCAGAUCACAAACCUUCUCACGAGGAGUGCGUUCGCCCGCGCGUUAGGCAUGCAGGACCUGCCACAGUCGGUCGCUUUCUUCAGUGCGGUCGACAUCGACCAGUGUCUGAGGAAGGAGGUCACCAUGGACUGCGUGACCCCCUCUAACCCCACAGGUCUGGAACGUAGAUACGGUCUACCGCCUGGUGAAGCCUUGGACAUCUACCAAAUCAUUGACAUCACUAAAGGCUCUCUUGACAAAGAAAGAUAGCACUUUUUUGUAUGACACCCGCAACUGUUGUUCAGAACAGCAGCACACGCACACGAGUGCCAAGAGGAUGUUGAUGCGCAAUAACUCCAGCUUUGUGUGGAAUUUGAAGAUGUGUGUCAGACGGAGGAGCUCCGACAGUGGCGGUCUCACUGUUUCCGUUUCUUUUGUUUGGGUUCUUGAGUCUCCUCCGUGUCCUGUGACUCUGCAGUCUGAGGAAGAAACAGACUAUGAAAUCUCACCGAGCAGAAGCCUACAAUAAUGGAAAAUAUUGAAUGCAGAGCUUGGAGCUGCACAUUACAGGGUGAGAUGGGACUUACCUCCUGGGUGUUGUCCUGCUCCUGCAGGGCUGCGUCAAGAGUAGUGGCAAUGAUGCGGAAAUCUCUCGAGGUGCUCAGCUUCAUGUACUGCAUCAGAUUCACCUGGAAAACAAACAUACAGAUGCUGGUGAAAAAGCUGUACAAGUGGCAGAUUACUGUACUGUACUGUAAACUCAUACCUUUGAUUUCUUUGAGAGUGUGAUGAGAUAUUUCUCAUAUUGUUCAAUGCUAAAGAUCAAGUCAGGGAUGGUCUUUGUCUCUCGCAGAAGUUUUGUCUACCAAGAUAAAAUAAAAAGGUCUGCACAUGUAAA